UUUUAAAUUGAUUUAUUUUACAGAGAACUGUAUUAUGUUGGCCUGAAUUGUAACUAACUCAUAAGUACAUUUUAUUUAUGUUCUAGAUGUUGGAGAAUGUGCCCCACCAUUGAUUUCUAGUGGCCCAAGGACUUCCUCGCCUAGCAUUCCAUUGGAUGACUCGCAAAUUCCUGUUGAACCUCAGGCGUUAUCAUCUUCCCCACCAAAAGAACCAGCUACUAUGAACUCUAAAGCUGAAGAUGCACCAUCAUUUCCAGGGGCUCCGAUCAUGAAUUCACCAGUGACCGGUCCUGCACAUCCACCACCAUCAAAAGGAUUUGCCCCUCCACCAAUGACCAGACCUCCCAACGGAUAUGGCCCUCUGCCCUUCGCUGGGCAUCCUCUACCUGUCCCAGGCCCUCGCUACAGACCUCCACAUCCAGUUAGAGGACCCUAUGGUCGCAUGCUAUAUGGGCCUGCUCCGCCCUGGAGUGGUUGUGGACCACCUCCACCGCACAGAGACUAUUGGCCAGGACCUCCCCCUCCAUUUGGCUUAAGGGAUUUUGCACCUGGAAUGAGAGACUUCCCCUCUGGUUUUCCACCACCACAUGGACCUUGGGACUAUCCCUUUCCACCCAAAAACAUGCUUCCUGGGACUGUUCCUCCACCAGGCAUGAGAGACUAUCCAGGCCCACAAGGUCCACCACCACAGAUGGGUCCCAGAGACUUCAAAGCAGGCCCCCCAGUACCACAACAGAUGGGCCCAAGGGACUAUCCUCCAGGCCCUAGUUUGCCAACACAACAGAUGCAACCCGGAGACUUCUCAAAUUCACAGAAUGGGCCAUAAAUUUCACCUAAUGGUGGUAUUUUAUUCAACUAAGCAGAGCAAAAAACUGUUUCUGUUCUUUUAU